AAUUUGUUUCUUCGUCUUUACAAAAAAUAGGAGGAAUUCACUAUGACACGUUCACUAAAAAAAAAUCCUUUUGUAGCCAAUCAUCUAUUAAGAAAAAUAAAAAAGCUUAACACAAAAGCGGAAAAAGAAAUAAUAAUAACUUGGUCCAGAACAUCUACCAUUAUCCCCACAAUGAUUGGCCAUACCAUUGCUAUCCAUAAUGGAAAAGAACAUUUACCUAUUUAUAUAACAGAUCGUAUGGUAGGCCAUAAAUUGGGCGAAUUUUCACCUACUCUAAACUUCCGAGGACAUGCGAAAAAUGAUAAUAGGUCUCGUCGUUAAGGUGAAAUUUCAUGUUCUUCUAAUAAUAAUAAGAUUACUCAAAAAUAAAACAAUUUCUUUUUUAUAUUAAAAAUUUGAAUAAAUACUAAAGAAAUGAAAAGAAAAAUCGAUUUGAAAAAUAAGAAAUGUUUCUUUUUUUAGUAAAAGCAUAACCUUACUUAUGAUAAAGUAGAAACUAGAAUCAUCUUUAGGUCAAACAAAUUCGAUCAAUUAGAAUAUUUAUAUAUUAGAAAAAUAAAAAAUGAAAAUUAUAUAAAUAGAAAUGUCUGUUCACAACACAAAACAUGAAUAGGAAUAAAUGAGAUUUGUGGAUGUGGAUAAAGAAAUGGUUAUGAUACUAUAAUUUACGUUUUAUUGAAUUGAGUAUCUUUUUCCAGUUUUUGCGUUUAUUCUGCAGAAGCAAAUUAAGUCAAAAGGGGAUGCUAUAUUAUGUUUUUAAAUAAAAAGCCUAAUGGAUAUAAAAAAACAAAGUGCACAACUAGGGCAUAUCAUUUUAUGUAAAGUAGUGGAGAAUUAUGGGACAAAAAAUAAAUCCGCUUGGUUUCCGACUUGGUACAACUCAAAGUCAUGAUUCUCUUUGGUUUGCACAACCAAUCAAUUAUUCAGAGAAUCUACAAGAAGAUAAAAAAAUACGAGAUUAUAUCAAGAAUUAUAUAAAAAUAAAUAUAAGAAUAUCUUCUGGUGUCGAGGGAAUAGCAGGGAUAAAGAUUAAAAAAAGAAUUGAUUUGAUUCAAGUCAUAAUCUCUAUGGGAUUUCCAAAGUUAUUAAUUGAGGGUAAGCCUGGAAGAAUAGAAGAGUUACAGAUGAAUUUACAAAAAAAACUCAAUUGUGUGAACCGAAAACUGAACAUUGCUAUUACAAGAAUUGCAAACCCUUAUGGACAUCCUAAUAUUCUUGCAGAAUUUAUAGCCGGGCAAUUAAGGAAUAGAGUUUCGUUUCGUAAAGCAAUGAAAAAAGCUAUUGAAUUAACUCAACAGGCGGGGACAAAAGGAAUUCAAGUACAAAUUGCGGGACGUAUCGACGGAAAAGAAAUUGCACGUGUCGAAUGGAUCAGAGAGGGUAGAGUUCCUCUACAAACCAUUCGAGCUAAAAUUGAUUAUUGUUCCUAUACAGUUCGAACUAUUUAUGGCGUAUUAGGGAUCAAAGUUUGGAUAUUUGUAAACAAAGAAUAAUCCAAUUCUCCUUUUCUUUUUCUUUCAGGUUCCUUGUUUCGGUAAAACAAAAAAAUGAUAAUUUUCCAAAUCUUAUAAGAUUGAAUAAAAAAUAUCAAUUAAUUUUUUUAUAUAAAUAUAAUUGCUAUGCUUAGUGUGUGACUCGUUGAUUUUUUAGAGUGGUUAGAGUUCGACAAUAAAAUAAAUGACUUAUAGGAUGAAUUCAUUAAUAACUAAGUACUAACCAACUCAUCGCUUCGCAUUAUCUGGAUUUAAAGAAUUAAUCUAAAAAUCGAAAUAAAAUCAAGAUAUCAUAUUUUGGUAGUAGAAUUAUAACAACUGAGAUAUUGGAUAAAAAAAAAUAAAAACGAAUCUGAUUAUAAGUUGUAAAGCAAUAAGAAUAUACAGAUAAAAAUGAAGGGUGAAAGAAAGAAAAAAGAUAUAUCAAUGAUAUAGAAUUCGAAUAUGUAAAGGUCUUAUGGUUAUCUCAUAAAAAGGGGAAGUGUAAUAAAGCAUCAACAUUAACUAAAUCCAUAUAUAGAUAUAUAUAUUCCCAAAAUAAACAAAUCAAGAGCACCGAGUCAAUAAAAACUGAGAAGGUUGAUUCAAGAAAAAAGAAAUAUAUAUAAUUUGGAAUUGUAUUUGCGAGGCUCCAUUGUAGAAUUCCAGACCUAAUCAUCAAUCGAGAAGCGAUGGGAACGACGAAAACCGUGAAUACCUAAGAUUCAUUUGACGGGAGGGAUGGCGGAACGAACUAAGAACCAAUUCAUUUUUUUGAAGAGUCGCAGGAUAACCCUAGAUUACAUCUAAAAUAAAAUGGAUAAGGAGUAAAUAUUCGCCCGCGAAAUCUUUGUUUUUUUAUUUCGAAAUUGAGCCAAUCCAAUACCACC